CCAAACUCUGUACUCCCUCUUUAGACAGAAACGAGUGAAUGAGUGUGUGCGUGUGUGAAUGCAGUUUACUUAAACGGACGCAGGGCCAGUUCGUACCAACAAAUUAGUUGUUCGUGCAUUGAAUCCGUUUUCAGGAUUUAAAUAGCUUUUAUUUAAAAUGUUUGCAAGGUAUAUAUUUGUUUUGCUCCUAAAUUCUUGUUCUUAUGUUCAGUGCAACCCUAGUCCACUCGGAGAUGUAGUCGUGGACAGAUAUUCCAUACCUGAAGUUUGUAAUAGAGAAGUGAAAAGUGGAGAUAAUGUUCGUUAUCAUUACAAUGUGACAUUCCUUGAUGGAAAAGAAUUCGAUUCGAGUCUUAAAAGAGGAGUCCCUACAGUCGGUGAGACUGGUGCGGGACGCCUCAUCGCUGGCAUUGAUAAAGGCAUCCAGGGCAUGUGUGUCAACGAGCGCAGAAAAGUGACUGUGCCCCCACAUCUUGCCUAUGGCAAUACAGGCGCAGGUGAUGUGGUACCCCCAGACACUACCUUGGUGUUUGACAUUAUCCUGCUGGACAUAUGGAAUACGGCAGACCUGGUCGCAACUCGAACCAUCAGCACACCCAAGAACUGCCAGCGCUCAGUGAAGCGUACAGACUUUGUGCGCUACCAUUACAACGGUACUCUACUGAAUGGCACCCCCUUUGACUCCAGCUACACCAGGAAACAGACCCAAGAUGGCCUGGUAGGUGAGGGCUGGCUGAUCAAGGGGAUGGACCAGGGUGUACUGGGCAUGUGCGUGGGGGAGAUCAGGCAUAUUGUAGUCCCACCUUUCCUGGCCUAUGGAGAGAAAGGAUUUGGCACAGAUAUCCCUUCUCAGGCCACUCUAGUGUUUGAUGUCCUGUUAGUGGAUCUGUACAACCCCAAGGAUGAUGUCACUGUGGAAAACCAGGAUGUGCCUGAGUCCUGCACGCGCAAAUCUGUGGCUGGGGAUUAUAUUCGCUACCACUACAAUGGCAGCUUCCUCAACGGAGUCUCAUUCGACAGCAGUUACCAGAGGAACAGCACAUACAACACCUACAUUGGGAUGGGCUACGUUAUCUCAGGCAUGGACAAGGGUCUGCAGGGGGUGUGUGUUGGGGAGAAGAGAAGGAUCGUCAUGCCACCUCACCUGGCUUAUGGAGAGCAGGGAGCAGGUCAGGACAUUCCAGGCUCAGCCGUGCUGGUCUUUGACAUCCACGUCAUCGACUUUCACAACCCCAAGGACUCUGUGGAGAUCCAGGUAACCCACAAGCCUGAGGUAUGCAACGAGACCAGCGACAUCAAUGACCUCAUCCACUACCACUACAACUGCUCCCUGCUGGACGGAACACUCCUCUUUUCCUCAAGUGACUAUGACAACAUGCAGGACACAGUGCUUGGAGCGGACAAGGUGAUUGACGGGCUGGACGAGGGUCUCCGGGGCAUGUGCGUAGGAGAGAGGAGGGUGGUCAUCAUCCCUCCGCACCUUGGACACGGAGAGAAAGGAGCGUCUGGUGUGCCGGGCAGUGCCGUCCUCCAGUUUGAGCUGGAGUUGAUGAGUCUGCAGAAGGGUGUGCCAGAUGGUUACCUGUUUGUGUGGCUUGAGGACAGCCCUGCAGAACUCUUCAAAGCCCUGGACAUGGACAAUAAUGAGAAGGUCCCUGUGGAGGAGUUUGGAGAAUUCAUUCAAAUACAAGUAGCGGAGGGCAAAGGUCGUAUGAAACCAGGGGCGGACCCUGAAGAGGUUAUCGCAGACAUGUUCAGAAACCAGGAUCGCAACAAAGAUGGAGUCAUCACCCCAGACGAGCUGAAACUGAAGGUGGAGGAGGACAAGGAGAAUGCAAUGCACGAGGAGUUGUGAUGAGAACACGACACACACACUUCCUCUUUCUCAGGGACAGACUGCACCCGCCACAUCCAAAUUAAGACUUUUUACCAAGUGAAUUGUUUAAUAUUUCCAUUGACACAAAUUGUGGAAAGUAUUCUCAAAGAAGCACAAUUCUUAAUGGUAAGGUUUGGUCAUGUUAAGAGAAAGUUAUGUUAAAGAGUGAUUGAUUGAACAAGUCAAUCUUCCUAACGGCACCUUCAUUGUCCCUGAUUUUCUAAGAAUUAAAGUUUUUUUUUUCACAGAAAACUUCAAACUUUUUGGGGAUAAA